AUGGGUCUAAAAUCUGUGUUGUGUGCCAAAAUAGAAAUGAAGGCUAACAAGGAUGUGUUUCAUGAUGUCUUUACAAAUAAACCACACCAUAUGUCUACUAUGUGCCCUUUGCAUGUACAAGGUUUUGAACUUCUUGAUGGUGUCAUUGGAACAGUUGGGCCCAAAAUUUGUUGGAUGUAUACCUUUGAAGGGAAAAAGAAGAUCUCCAAGCAGAUAAUUGACACUAUAGAUCAUGAAAAAAAGGUGGUCAUAUUCAAAGAAUUUGAAGGUGAUGUAGUGGAUACAUAUGAUAAUUAUAAGGCAACUCUUCAUAUCGAAACAAAAGGCAAAAUCAAUUUAGUAAGCUGGACAAUAGAGUAUGAAAGGCCAAAUGAGAAUGUCUCUGAAUCAUUGUUGGUAUGA